GAUAAUAACACUACUGCAUUCACCAGCAUGCCAGCUUGGAGAACAUUUGACAUCGUCUCGUGCCACUGGCUAGUCAAGACACCUGCUGAGCUACCCUUUAGUGCUGGUCAGAGACACACAUGGAUCUCAUUGACUGCCAUGGGAGCCUCCUGCGCACAGCCCAGAGCAGAUCUGGGGGGCUGCUGUUAAAGGACUAGUCAAAACCAGAGGAUAAAAGUGCUUCCUUCUCUCUCCUCCUGCUGCUGGCAUCCUCUUCAGAGGAGAGGUCACAGCAGCUGCGGGGGAACCAGAGCAAGAGCUGUCUGAGAGGCUGAGUCAGUCAGCACUGGCAGCUUGUGCUAAGCGAUGACAGAUGCGCCACCACGCUGAUUUCUGCCAGCGGCCAAGAGGCAAGCAGUGCAUCUACAGCCAUCUGUCAAGGGGGCAAGAGAAUAGACGGGCAACAUGGCAAAGAAGGGAGGACAGCAGCUCCCUUCACAAAUGAGAACGUGGCCGAGUCAUUGUUGGAGCGCCUGCCUAAUUUCCAGCACUGACAGAGAUGGCCCACAGAAACAAGGGCGUGACUUCCAAGUCCAGCCACUCCAAGAAGAAGCCUGCAAAGGAGUCAGUAAUUACAAGCCCCAACAUUGACUCCCUGGGCUUCCAGGCUAUGGAUAGCAACGUCCCUGGUCUGUCGCAGGUCAUCCUGAAGAAGCUCAACAUGAAGAGCUAUGAUGAAUACAAGUCUGCGAUGGACGGAAAGAAGCUGGGGAUAGAUUUCGGGAUCCGGACUUAUUUCGACAUGUUUCAAAAAAUGGAGGACACCUUCAAAUUCUGUGCUGAGUGCAAGAAACUCCCUGAUGCUCUCCCUGACCCCAGAAGCCUCCGGCGAUGCAAAAGGUGCCAGAAUGUGUAUUACUGCAACUCAGAGUGCCAACGGGCCAACUGGCCUAUGCACAAGAAGUUGUGUAAGAAGCUGAAGUUGGUAGCUCUUGACCGGCUGGUAGAAUGGCUCGUCUUCACAGGUGACAUCCCAUUCCCCACGGCAACCUGGACAAAGCGUAUACAGGAGGUGAAAAGCUGGGAAGACUGAUUCUCUUUGCAGGAGCUCCUGGAAGAAAAGCUGAGCUCUAUACUGACUGGGCGUUAUAUGAACAUCCUCUGGGCCAACGUGGGGAAGCCAAAACCAGAGGAGGGAGAACUGCUGGAGUCUGUCAAACGGCUGACCACAGACUUCCAGUCCAGGCCAAUCACCAUCGCCAUGGCACUGCAUGCUUUCGCCAUUGAUCUCUAUACCAAGCCUGUCACAGUGCAUAUCGUAGGGGCUUCCCAUAUCGAGACCCUCAACACCCGGGUGACCGAUUAUGAUGAGCUGACGCGGGUGUUUCCUAGGCACCAGGGCAUUGAGGUAGUAAUGGUGGGAGUCAAUGUGGUAGAUGGACCCAUCAUGAGGCCUCCGCUGACAGCAUUCGGGCCCAGGGGAAGAGUCUAUCUCAGCAGCUACAAGGCCCUUUAUCCUGACUUCUGGGAAUCCCAGGUGGAGACUCAUCAGGCUGCCCGCCCAGACCUUGUGGUGGGCUUUCAUCCAGGAUUACAUGCCUGCCUGGAUGUGAUGGAUGGCUGGCUCCCCACACUGCUGCUGCUGCGGGACUACAAGAUCCCCACCCUCUUCACCAUCUACAACGAGCAGGAGCUGAAGUACUCCCUGAAAAUCCUGAUGGAGCUGGAGACUCAGAUCACAGGCUACGGAGCCAAUCCCUUCUCCUCCCUCAAGCCAGAGCAGGUCUAUUCCAACCCCAACAAGUCACCCGUCUACUGCAAUGCCUACUACAUCAUGUGCCACGGGCUGGCUGGCACCCCGGAUGAGCCAGACAUGGGGGGGCUAGACGGGGCUGAGGACAGAGGGGAAUAGAGAGGAGACACCGUCGCUAUACACGUUAUCAGCUACUGCCACCUCCCCAGCCAGAGUGCAGGGCUCCUCCUGAGCUCCUCCUCCCCAGGCUCCCAGCUAAGCCAUGCUUAGUGGCUCUUCCUCGAGCCCAGGCGGGAGAGCUGCUUGCUUGGGCUGUGCAGUGCUGGGGACCUGGGAGGUGGGUGGGCCUUUUCCGGGGGGCUGCAAAGCAUACUUCAGCUAGUGCCCUCUGCUGGACAGGCCUGUGUGUUACAGUGACGCAUCAGCAUCAUGGAAGAGGAUCUUUACAGUUAAUAAAUAUCACCAAGGCCUUGCUCUCCUAUAGCGCUAGCUAGUAGCAAGUCUCAGAGGAGGCCAGGAUCAUAAAGCAUGUAGUUACUAGGGCAGCAUCCAGGGUGGCUGCUCCAGACUGCCGGUGCCAGCGUUUGGGGGGCCGCGUGUCUGGUGUCAGCUCCCCAGCGGCUACCUUAGCCCACAAGUGAGAACGCCCAUCUCAGCUCAGCGGGGGGCUCUGGGAAAAGGUUCCCAACCUGCCCCGGCACCCAACGUGCAAACAGGCACUUGCUCCCACUCAACCAAGGGCAGGGCAACCAGCCAAGAGCCACCAUCUCUGGGACCCGGGCCCAAGUUACAGCCCCACCAUGUUUAUUCUGCCCCUUCAUUUCCAGGGCUACAGCAGCUCCACUUGAUGCAUGGGGAAGGUGUUGUCCCCUUAGGCCAGAAGAACAUCUGGAGUGUGGAAGGGGCAGGCAGUUAUCUCCCCCGGGCUGGGGUACUGAGUACAACUGGAAUGAGACCGGAGAUGGUAUUGCCAUGCAGUGAACACAUCUGGAUUGGGAGUUUGCGGGGAGGGAAACCCUGGAGUGAUAUUUGUGACCCUGGCUUGUGCAUUACUGAAAGGCAGGCUUUUCAUUAGACCCAGCCUGCAACCCUCCUUGAGCACAGUUAGAUCCACCCCCCGUGAGCCUGCUACUCUCGUGUUGCCCUCUGCCUUGGUGACCCCAGAGGGCCACAGCCAUGGGAGAUGCUGGUGACCUCAGUACACAGACAGGCUCUCAUCACGGCGGUGCCUGCCUCAGCGAAUGCAGCUCACUCUCUCGCAUGGACCCAAUUGCUGUUGCAGCUAGGUGCUGUGUGCAGCACUGGAGAAGCAUCCUUUCUGUCCAGUAAAGAGCCAUUUGCCUUCCUCUGUGGUGGUCGCCUUCCAGGACCAGUGAUGGCCACGCUCCUGAGCUAUGUGCAUAGUGGAGAAAGGGCGGGGGCUGCAGCCCAGGAGCGGGCUCAUGGCCAGACACCCCUCUCUGCCACCCCUUUCCCUGCAGGUGACACACACCCAGGAGGGGCACAGAGAAGGGACGGGAGAAGCAGCAGAGAUUAAAAAACACCCGAGAGAAGCCAGUAGCAACAGCUUUAUUUCUGAAAAGGGCUUCAUUGUAAGAAAGGAAGCCAGCCCCUGCUCCCUCUUUAGCUGGCCUACACCGAAAUAGCCUCUCACAUGCGAGGAGCACGGAGCCGCAGGAACAAAUUCAAAAGAGAAAAACGUUUCACUUUGCCUGCCUGGAAUAGACAGAAGGGGGUGCUGGUGUCACCAGGACAACCCUGCUUCCCUCGGCCCAGGCUGAGCCCCCUGUAUAUCCAAGGGGUGUCCCUGGGCCCUGAAGGGAAUGUGGGGUUGGGGUGUCCCCAUCCUUCAGGAGCUGAUCUAAGCCUCUCAGCAGGGAAGAUCUAUGCUCCCCUCUCCCCUGUCCCCCCAGGAUCUGCUGAAAGGAAGCGCCCACAGCUACCAGCUCAGUGCACACCUGGUGACCUGCACCCAGGGUCUCCCUCAGCCUGCAGGUCACAGACACAGAGUGCCCUGGCUGCCUGUGAGGGGAGCGGGGUGGAAGAGAAAUAAAGAAAUUAUUGAGGGUGUGAGAGGAGGACGGAGCACAGGACAGGGAGGGAAGGGGGUGAGAGCAGUUGGGAGCUGCACGGGGAGGGCUACAUCAUGACACCUGCAUGUGAGAUACAUUCCCACCGAUCCUCCAGAUCCCACUGUGAUGCAGACCCUCCCGUCUCACAUUUGGGUUUUGUCUUCAGCAAAUCCCUAUUUACAGGCUGGCAGCGGCAGCCCUGGCCCCAUUCAAAGCAUGGGGGACAGGAGCUCUGCACAAACACACCCAUGGACUCGGAAUGGGAAUGGGGUGGAGGAGGAGGGGAGUGGCUCUUGGACACACACGUAUGGCCAGGUGCUAUUUAUAAGAGAAUGGUCCUUCAGCUCCAGCACUUGCCUCCAACCACCGUGCAUGGUGGUUGGCACUCACUCACAGGGCAUAAAUCAAGAGCCAGUCUCCUGUGUGCUCCCUGCAGAGCCCCUGCCAUUGCCAGCUACUGCACACUCACCCAGGUGGCACCUCAGGAAGCCAAGGCCCGGGACACCCACGAGAGACAGAACCCCAGUUCAGGGCCUCUAGGGACCAAAACUGAAGCAACCCAAACACCUCCACGUUGGCUGCAGGGGGAACACACGCUCGUGGCCACAUGAGGCUAGUGGUCUGCACACCCACAUGCUCACACACACAUUUUCCACGGGCACAAAGCACGAACCCGUGAGGGCUCACAAUUAAAGACACAAAGCAGAGAAGUCCAGACUGGAAUGUUGCAUCCGGGCAGAACACAGACCAAAUCCCAGCCGCACAAGGCCCUGAGACCCAGGAAGCACCAGACACAUUAAAAAGCUUAGU